GAAGGGUUUGGCUCGGCCAGAUAUCGACCUGGCCGGAUGCCGCAGGCUUGAUCAACCACCACGCGACGCCCCGAUUCACCCCUCCGUCUGCGCAAUCACCACAGAUAUAUCCAGCCAUGUCGUCAGUAAAGAAGGAGAUGCGCCGGCCCGACCUGAUCAUCCCGUAUCAGGUCCCGGCCCCCAAGGCGGACGGCGCCGACCUCCAGUCCACCCUGGCGUCGACGCUGCCCAUGGCGGCAAUGUUCCUGCGCAACCGCUUCAUCGGAUGGGCGGCUCUCGUGUUCAGCUUGCAGAGCUGGCUGGGCGAGAGCGAAGACGCCAGGAACUCGGCGGCCACGCCGGGAUACUUCAACGUCGGAAUGGGUUUCAUCUCACUGGUCACAUGCUAUCUGCCCCUGUUCCUGCCGCAGCAGCCCGGCUUCAACCGCGCCGCCACUGGGACCGAGGCGCCGGCGCCGGUCCCUCCUGCAUAGUCCAAAGUGGCUAGGAGUGGUUUCUCGGAGAGGGAGGGUGCUUUUGGUUGUUUGAGUAGUGGGAAUGUUUCCGGAUAUUUGUUAAUCGUCUUAACUUGCAAGGUAAUCGUUUGUUGUUUGGCGUGACACGGGGGACGAGGAACAUAGAACAGAGAAGCGGGCACGCGUGGCUCGAUUCAGGGGCCGGCCAACGACCAGAUGAACAUUCCCGACCGUUGCCAAGCGAGUUGCGAGUGGCCCGAUAGCGCGGAGAGCCCUGAUCUAUAUCAUGUUCCCUCCAAAACAAUGCUCGAUGGAACAGAUGUCGGAUGGCGAGCAGAGGGCUGCCAAGGACUAUCUAGUAGACGCCUGGAGAGGGGGAUGUGGCGCAUUGCCAACAGCCUCGCAUUCCCAGGACUUGUGCAAGUCGUUGGAACAUUGGAAGACUGGAGGAUUGGCAAAUGUGCCAAGUGGAGGUUGGCGCCCUUGGCCCGGGCCAUGAGUUUGACGAGUGCUGGGCCAAGAAGUGCUGGGCUAAGAUUCCACCGGUGGCGGCGGCGUCGUCAGCGUUCCUCAUCGAGAAUGCAAAUGUCAAAUUUCGCAUGUUUGUUUCUGCGAUUACAAAGCCAGA